AUGGGGUUCUACUACCCUCCUUCCACCUCCAGCAAGAGCAGAACCCAGCCAGCACCAGCCGCAGCAACAGACAGCAAGAACGGCAACAGCAACGGCAGCAGCAAGAAGAAGAGGAGCAUCAGCAUCGGCCGGAGCAUGACUUGCGCGGGCUCCAUCUGCAGCACCAAGGAGAGCUCGGUCAUGAGUGACCGCGGCGCCGGCCGCAGCGUUUCCAGUAGGUCGCUCAGGGCCCCCGACGUCGACGCCGUGUACGCCUCCACUGCCGCCGCCAUCUCCGCCACGUCCUCCUUCAACUCGGACACCACCACGGCGGCGACCACCGUCACGACGUCCUCGUCGUCGCCGCUCUCCUCCGUCGGGAGCUCCUUCCGCGGCGUGCAGCAGAUCAGGAAGCUCUCUGGCUGCAACGAGUGCCACUCCGUCUUCGAACCCAGGAGCUUCGCGGCCGCUGCCGCCGCCUUCCCCUGCGCCGACUGCGACGAGGUGUUCGCCAAGGCAGAGUCGCUUGAGCUCCACAGAGCAACCAGGCAUGCAGGCAUAUACCUUGUUCUCGAAAUCCAAAAGCAAAAUGGCAUCAUUAAUUUGAAAUGUUCAAACUUUUCACAUUCUUGA